CUUAUGUGUUCAACGCCGACUGUCACUUGCAAGGUGCAGAAAUUUUUAUAACUUUGUGUUGUGAUGCCGCGUAGCUCGUAGGAAUUGGGUUGAUAUUUUGGAAUUGUAGUCGAUUUACCGUUUUAGGUUAACCUGUUUGGAUGAAAUUGGAUGUACCCUCGUUCACCAGCAAAUAAAAACAUCAGAAACUAGAAAAAUGGACUACAACGCGUACAACAACAAACUGUAUGCCGCCCCGAAUCAACCACUUCCAAGUGGGUCCGGAUUCUUCCAGCCCGGCGCGUCGACGUCCUUCCUGAAGGUCCCGAAUCCACCGAUCGUGUUGAAGCAAGAAACUGUCAUAGCUCCUCCGCAUGGUGGCGCUGCAACGCCACCGGUUAACUACAGCCAGAGUGCCGGCCACCACUACCAGGAGGCUCAUCAGCUGGACCAGAAACCCAUUUACUACAGCAAACCGCUCGACCUGCAGUUGGUGGCCAAUUCGUACGCGAUCGCUCAGCAACAACAACAGCAUCAGCAGCAACAGCAGGUCUUCCACUUGUCCCACGAGUAUCAUCACGAGCAUUCCAAUGCGUCCACGAUCAGCUCGACGGUGGAUCAGCAGGUGCACCAUCAGCAGCAUCAGCAUCCCGGGGCUUACAGCGUGCAGUCUUCGCCGGUGGCUUCUGGAAGUAACUCGCUGCUCGUUCCACAGCAUACGGCGAUCGUGGUGGACCAGAAGUUAUCGUUCAGCUGUGAAGUUUGUGCUAAGUUGUUUGAUUCGAAAGCCAAGCUGGAGAAACACUGCCGGACGCACAGCGAAGAACCAACGUUCGAGUGUCGGAUGUGCGACAAGAAGUUCAGGACGCAGAGUACGUUGACCUGUCACGAGAAGGUUCACGGGGAGAACGGGGUGGACAAUAUUUUCUCGUGUGUUACCUGUGGGAAGGUUUUCAAGAGUGACGACAAGCUGCAGGUUCACAUGCGACUUCAUACGGGGGAAAAGCCAUACCAGUGCAAGAUCUGCAUGAAAUGCUUCAACCAUCAGUCGAAUCUGAUUGUUCACUCGAGGAUUCACGAGAAGGUCAAGAAGGCGUUAAAAUGUGAUUUAUGCAAUAAGGUUCUGGAUAACGAGGAAAGAUUAGCGAUUCAUAUGCGACUCCACACUGGGGAGAAACCCUACAAAUGUUCGUACUGUGACAAGCGGUUCAAUCACAAAAGCACGGUUUGCACUCACGAAAAGACGGUGCACAUCGCUGCAAAUGCGUACAAGUGCGAUCGUUGCCACAAAACGUUCAAUCAGAAGUGUCAACUUCAGUAUCAUGAAAAGCUUCAGGAGAACCACGUGAUUGCGUGCACAAUGUGCGACAAGGUGUUCUGUUACAAGGCCAGUCAUAAGGACCACAUGUUCCGAGUCCACUUCCCACGAAGCAAGAAGCAUCGCAUCAUCCCAAGCACCAACACCAACAAUGAAAACGAUGGUUCCGGUCGGAACAAGUUCAAGUGCAACGUGUGUGAUCGACGCUUCUACUACAAGCGUGCCCUGGAGAUGCAUAUGGGCGUUCACGACAUCACGCUGGACACGAACGUGCUGUACUUCUCGUGCAACUACUGUCCGGAAACGUUCACCGACGAAGAGCCUCUGCUCAAGCACGAAGCGGAACACGUGGCCAACAACACGACCGACUUCCUGGAAAACAUGAAAUCCCUCGAGCAAUCCGAGGAAGACCCGGAAAACGGCGAAGUCUGCGGCAAGCUGCGCUGCCCCCUUUGCUUCGCCCGUUUCGACGAAAUGUCCCAACUCCGAGAUCACCACAAAACUCACCUCUGCAGCAACGCCGAGAAGUGCGACAAAUGCGGACCAACCCUGGCCGAAGAUUACGACCUCAUGGCGAGCACGUACAACGAAGCCGACGACACCGUCCCCACCCAGUGUCAAAUCUGCGAACGCACCCUCGGCAACUUCGAACUCUAUCAGAACCACUUCCACUACCACACCUCCCGAGUCCCGUUCUACUGCUACCAGUGUCGCAAAGAGUUCACCGACAAGAAGGAACUGUACGCGCACACCAAAACGCACGCCUCGCGCGAUCUCGAGUCGUACACGUGCGAAAUCUGCGCCAAGGUGUUCUCCACCAAGGGCAACUUCCGGCGCCACCUCAAGUCGCACGAAACGGUGCGGGCGUUCGCGUGCGAUCGUUGCUUCAAGCAGUUCGACUACAAGAGCUCGCUCGACACGCACCUCAAGAAGGCGCAUGGGAUUGAGUCGUACUCGUGAGCGAGUUGCGCUUUAUUUUUGAGUUAUUUUUGCUAGAAGUGAUUGUUUG